AUGGUGCUUGCUGCUAAUGCAGGCCAGAAUUAUGAGAUUCCGAAAUAUUUAGAAAAACCUCCGAAAUAUUCCUAUGUGCAUGGGCACAUCACUAUUUUUGGAACCCCAAAAUGUAUUUUGCCCCCUAGCUUUGAGAAAAACCAUGUGUUUCCGGUUAAGGAGCUGGCCUCUUUUAUGGAUGUAGGACGGGG